CUUCCCUCCUCCUCUAAGACCAGACAUCAACCUCCGGAGAGAAGAUGAGACAUCAACCUAUGGAGAGAAGAUGAGUGCCGAAAAGAGCACAAGUUUUAAGCCCUCUUGGUUUUGAGAUCAGAAAUGAACAAAGAUUAUCCAUGGGAGUUUUUCACACUUAAACAGCUCCUUCAGGCGACAAACAACUUCCAUAAUGAUAACAAGCUUGGAGAGGGAGGCUUUGGGAGCGUCUAUUGGGGUCGAACUAGUGAUGGAUCAGAGAUAGCGGUAAAACGUCUCAAAUCUAUGACAGCAAAAGCUGAAAUGGAAUUUGCUGUGGAAGUAGAGAUACUAGGGAGGGUUCGACAUAAGAAUUUGUUGGGUCUACUAGGGUUUUAUGCAGGUGGAGAAGAAAGGCUUAUAGUCUAUGAUUACAUGCCUAAUCAUAGCUUGAUCACUCAUCUCCAUGGCCCCAAAGGUGCAGAGGCAUUGUUGGAUUGGCCUCGUAGGAUGAACAUCGCAAUUGGAUCUGCAGAAGGACUAGCGUACUUGCACCAUGAGGCGAACCCCCACAUAAUACACAGAGACAUUAAGGCAAGCAAUGUGUUGUUAGAUUCUGAUUUUCAACCAAAAGUUGCAGAUUUCGGUUUUGCAAAGUUGAUUCCAGAAGGUGUAAGCCAUCUAACUACAAGGGUGAAGGGCACAUUAGGCUAUCUGGCACCUGAAUAUGCAAUGUUGGGGAAAGUCUCAGAGAGUUGUGACGUUUAUAGCUUCGGGAUCCUACUGUUAGAGAUAAUCAGUGGGCGCAAGCCGAUCGAGAAGUUGCCCGGUGGUAUUAAAAGGGAUAUUGGCCAAUGGGCAACUCCAUUCUAUGAGAAAGGAGAUCUCCAUCAAAUUAUCGAUCCGAGGUUAAGGAGCAGUUUUGACAGGGCUCAGUUAAAGGUUGCUAUUGAGGUAGCCAUGAGAUGCAUAGAAAGCACUCCAGAACUAAGGCCUACAAUGAUUGAAAUAGUUGAUACAUUGAAGGGUGGUGGGGAGAAGAUGAAGAAGGAGAUAAAAAUAAUGGAGCUUAGCAAUUCUACAAUUACUGAUGAUGAUAGCUACUAUUAUGAAGAAAAUGUAGUAAGAAGAACUGAAGUGAAAACAAGAAUAAGAUGAAGUGAAAUUAGACUACAGAGGACUUGUAUUUGUUGGAUAAAGUUUGUAUCAUGCUUUAGAUCCAAACAAAAUGUAAACUUUCGAUUCCUUCCAUUAAAAAACAGGGCGUGAUAAAUAUUGA